AUGUCGUCGUCCAUGCAACAGCGGAAGGCGGAGAUUCUCGCCAAACGCGCAAAACUCGCAGAGCUCAAGCGACAAAGGGAAUUGCGCCAGCAUGAGUUCUCCCAAAGUAAGGCCAGCGUGGGUGAUGGUUCUGAGACUGUGUCUCCUGUCCCUAGCCGUUCAGAUAGCAGAGCAGAGCUCGAUGAUCUGAUCUCCCGUCUUGUUGACCGCCCCGGGUCCGCCUCCGUUAGCCACGCCGAUGGCCCCUCGCGAAAAGGGAGCAGACCAAACUCGGUGAUCAGUGCCAGCCAAGUCAGUGGUGAUAAUACCGAACCAUACAGUGCUCCUACGCGACCCGUCUCCCAGUCUAUCGCCGUCCAAACUGUUGGGGCUGAGCCUUAUCCCAUUGCUCCUGAAGGGCCGCCCGCUCCUGAGCCCAAGCCAGAAGUUGUUACGUAUAGUAAAGCCGUACAAACGGAUGACUUGAAAUCUCUGGAUUCAUUGUCAGUUGACUCGGACGGUGAAGAUGCUGAGGAUCUGUCCGGCAGCAAACGACUUAGCAAGAAGGAGCGUGAACGGGAAGAGGAGAUCAGGAAGAAGCUUCGGAAAGAGAUUGAGGAGGAACUUCAAGCCACGCAGCAACGUACCCAGGAUGGUUCUACGUCCGACACCAACAAAUCGCGCUACCCCCUACGCACACUCGACGAAGAUGAGCUGAAAGCUGUUACUUCUUCUGAUGAUUUCCUGGACUUUGUCGAACGGUCGGCCAAAGUGAUCGAGCGUGCUUUGGAUGAAGAAUAUGAUGUUUUGGCAGACUACGAGCUUGGCGGCGUCGAUGGUGACGUGGAAGACGAUGAAGAGCACGGAAAGAAGAGAAGAGGCAUCAGGGAAGUUUGCCAGUUUUGGGAUGAACGAUGGAGUAAGAAGCGCAUGAUCAGUGACGUGAGCUUUUCUCCAAAGUUCCCGGAGCUUGUCUUAGCUGCGUACACUAAGAACCCUUCUGCGCCCCAUGAACCAGAUGGCCUUGUUCAGGUGUGGAACCAACAUCUACAAUCUCGCCCAGAAUAUGUAUUCCAUUCUACUUCGGACAUUCUUGCGGCGAAGUUCUCUCCUUUCCACCCGAACCUUAUUGUUGGAGGAUCGUACUCUGGCCAGGUCCUUCUCUGGGACACUCGGUCAUCUCGCGCUGGUGGAGGUGCACCGGUACAGAAGACACCAUUGACGGGAUCUGGACAUACCCACCCCGUCUACAGCAUUUCUAUCAUCGGCACACAGAAUGCCCACAAUAUUUUGACUGCCUCCACAGAUGGCGUUGUUUGUGGUUGGACGGUCGACAUGCUUUCUCAACCCCAAGAAUACCUGGAAUUGACUACUCCACCUCCAUCCAAGACUGAAGAUCUCGCUCCUACAACCAUGUCCUUCCCACAGUCGGAUCCUACAUUCUUUAUCGUUGGCACAGAAGAAGGAGGCAUUUAUCCUUGUCACCGUUACGAUAGAGCUGGCGCCAAGGCGGGCACGGACGCCCGUCUUGCAUACCGCGGCCAUGCAGCGCCAAUCAUGUCGACUGCGUUCCAUCCAGCUCGUGGUCCGGUCGACUUGGGCGACUUGAUGCUGAGCUCAAGCUUGGAUUGGAGCGUCAAGCUGUGGCGUGUUCGGCCGCCAGCCACGACUGCACCCGCUACUUCGGCUUUGGGUGCUGCCAACGUUAUCUCGCCUAUCCUCGAUAUCACGCGAGAGGACGUUGUCUAUGACGCCCGUUGGUCUCCCCACCGCCCUGGUGUAUUCUCUCUUGUCGAUGGUGCUGGAAACCUCGAAGUCUGGGAUCUUUACACGGAUACCGAGGUCCCUGUUGUGCGGACAACGCCAUCCAAGGGCCGUGGUGGUAUUCUGACCAGGAGUCUUAACAAGGUUGCUUGGGAGGAACGUGAAGGCCGACGUAUCGCGACUGGUGGUCUUGAUGGUGUCGUUACUGUCUUUGAGGUCGGCAAGGGCCUCAGCGGCACUCCGGAAGAUGUUCCGGCCGACGAGUGGACGGGAAUGAAACGUUUGAUAGGAAAGCUGGAAGGAAACGACCGUAUGAACUAA